GAUGGAGCGAGCGUAAUGGAACCGCCCUUAAAUUACGUCACUGGACCGAACGACCGUUACCACUUAAACCAGUUUCGCGGUUUUCUAAAUUAUAUACGCUUGAAGGUGACAUUUAUGGAGCAGCUUGAUUCAGUGACACGGUCAACUUUACAAGAUGCAAACAUCAGCGCAGCAGUAUUACCAACUUUGUCACGUGAUGACAUUCGUGAUCUUUUCCCGGGACCAGAAAACUUUUUACGACGGAAAACCAUAUGGGAGACGUUUCAUAGAGACAAAGAGCAGGGACAGGAGGCAGGAUGCCUCAAUCAAAACAAGGAGCAGGAAGACACUGGUCUGACUCCUACUCAAACUCCGUCUGAAAUCCCAGUGACUACAAGGCACAGUAUCUUUGAGCCAAGUGGUCAUCCUCCAAGAACCUUAAAGUUGCCCAACCCUGAAUAUGUUGUUUACACUGACAGUGAGCUAGAACAUGUUAGAAAAGAGUAUUUUGAUCUGCAGCGAGUUGGGCAAGAAAGAGAUUGCAACCUUUCAAAAGAACUUCGUUGUCGACUUGUGAGGAACACAGUGACCAACAUGGUGUCUAUCAUGAGAGCAUCAAGCACUGACUUCAUGUACCCAUCAAAAAAUGACAUGCUUGCAAUGGCAAAGCGACUGGUUGAAUAUUAUCCCAUGCUUCGAGAUGACUCUGUGAACUGCAAACAUAUUUGGGAUUCCAUCUUCAAGCAAUUAAUGAAGAGACUCCAAAACAUAAGAACUCCAAAAAAGAAACAGGGUCCAACACCACAAAGAAAAAAGAAAAGGCGCUUGGAUUUUGACUACGAUGGUGAUUCAAGCUCUUGCACAUUAGAUUCAGCAGAAAGCAGCAGUGCUUCAGCUGUAAUGUUGGAAACAAGAGAAAGCAGCACACCACCAUCUGUGAGCACAAAACCACUUGCUGGAACAGCUGACCAAGAUUUACCAUUCAGUCAGACUGACAAUAGAAGAGAUGAAGACCAUUCUGACACUGAUAGUCAACAAAGCCAGGCCAGACAUUACCAUACUCUCCAAGAGAUCUAUAAAAGAUCAAAGCCUAAUAAAGAGGCAGUUGCUCAACUACUUGACCUUGAGUUUGAUGCUCGGAGAGCCUUCAUCAACUCAGACUGUUUCAAGGAUCAGGACAGACCUUCAAAGAUACUGCAAGCGUACCCCUGUUUCAGAGAACUACAACAUGUAAUGGAUGAACUGGGCCGAAUUCUUGAAAAAGGAAAUCCCAGAUUCAUCCCAAAACUAAAGGCCCGUUGGGAGAGCUUCUGCAGCAAAGCUCAAUUCUAUGGGGUUUACAAAAAGGUUUUGAAGCCACCAAUGACUCUAGAUGGAGUGAAACGCUCCAUAGCCUUGAUGAAGGCUCUUCCAGAGAUGUUCCCAUCACCUGUAGCCCCACCAAAAAAGAUGGGACAUCCAAGUGAAGCAAUGCUACACAUCCUUGAGCCAACAGAAAACCCAGAUUCUUUCCUCAAGGGGAGACCACUCUUCAGUCCUGUCCUGAUUGUGUCAGAGGACAACUGCAUGUUGGCCAUUGGGACUACACCUGUGACAAUCUUUCCACAAGAAGACCUCCACGAAGGUGUGCUCUACCUAAUGGCAUACUAUUAUGCACUUCAUCUUGUGUACCCAAAAAGUGUUGCAACUUUACUGUCUGUGCUUCAGACAGAGGUAAUUUCAGAUGCAAUACAUGGGCGUGAUGCAACUUCUUCCUACAAAAAAGCCACUUUGGAGUGGAAAAAGUUCAUUGGCGAGUAGUGAAAAAGUCAGACGUAUGUCUUACUAAUUGUUCACAGCAGUUGUGUUCAUCAGGUUCUUCUUAUAGACAGAAGUUGCUUAAAGUCUAAAACAAAAUAAAAAUUCAGUUUUUC